CUGGUCCAUAGGGUUGGGAGGUUCAGCCUGGUCAAUAGGGUUUGGAGGUUCAGCCUGGUCAAUAGGGUUUGGAGGUUCAGCCUGGUCAAUAGGGUUGGGAGGUUCAGCCUGGUCAAUAGGGUUUGGAGGUUCAGCCUGGUCAAUAGGGUUUGGAGGUUCAGCCUGGUCCAUAGGGUUGGGAGGUUCAGCCUGGUCAAUAGGGUUUGGAGGUUCAGCCUGGUUCAUAGGGUUGGGAGGUUCAGCCUGGUCAAUAGGGUUUGGAGGUUCAGCCUGGUCCAUAGGGUUGGGAGGUUCAGCCUGGUCAAUAGGGUUUGGAGGUUCAGCCUGGUCCAUAGGGUUGGGAGGUUCAGCCUGGUCAAUAGGGUUUGGAGGUUCAGCUGUCAUAGGGUUGGGAGGUUCAGCCUGGUCAAUAGGGUUUGGAGGUUCAGCCUGGUCCAUAGGGUUGGGAGGUUCAGCCUGGUCAAUAGGGUUUGGAGGUUCAGCCUGGUCAAUAGGGUUGGGAGGUUCAGCCUGAUCCAUAGAGUUUGGAGGUUCAGCCUGGUCCAUAGGGUUGGGAGGUUCAGCCUGGUCAAUAGGGUUGGGAGGUUCAGCCUGGUCCAUAGGGUUGGGAGGUUCAGCCUGGUCAAUAGGGUUGGGAGGUUCAGCCUGGUCCAUAGGGUUGGGAGGUUUAGCCUGGUCCAUAGGGUUGGGAGGUUCAGCCUGGUCAAUAGGGUUGGGAGGUUCAGCCUGGUCCAUAGGGUUGGAGGUUCAGCUGGUCAAUAGGGUUGGGAGGUUCAGCCUGGUCCAUAGGGUUGGGAGGUUCAGCCUGGUCCAUAGGGUUGGGAGGUUCAGCCUGGUCCAUAGGGUUGGGAGGUUCAGCUGGUCCAUAGGGUUGGGAGGUUCAGCUGGUCCAUAGGGUUGGGAGGUUCAGCCUGGUCAAUAGGGUUUGGAGGUUCAGCCUGGUCCAUAGGGUUGGGAGGUUCAGCCUGGUCAAUAGGGUUUGGAGGUUCAGCCUGGUCCAUAGGGUUGGGAGGUUCAGCCUGGUCAAUAGGGUUGGGAGGUUCAGCCUGGUCCAUAGGGUUGGGAGGUUCAGCCUGGUCCAUAGGGUUGGGAGGUUCAGCCUGGUCAAUAGGGUUGGGAGGUUCAGCCUGGUCCAUAGGGUUGGGAGGUUCAGUCUGGUCAAUAGGGUUGGGAGGUUCAGCCUGGUCAAUAGGGUUGGGAGGUUCAGCCUGGUCAAUAGGGUUGGGAGGUUCAGCCUGGUCCAUAGGGUUGGGAGGUUCAGUCUGGUCAAUAGGGUUGGGAGGUUCAGCCUGGUCCAUAGGGUUGGGAGGUUCAGCCUGGUCCAUAGGGUUGGGAGGUUCAGC